AUGCCUGCCACUACAGCUGAGACGCUGUCCCUUGUUACCAGAAACGUUUCUGUUGCGCCUCUCGUUCUUCUUUCCGCCGCAGAUCACUAUGGACGCUCAGCUAAGGGCACGCGGAAACGAGUGGUUGGCGUUUUAUUAGGACAGAACGAUGGGAAGAACGUCCGCGUAUCAAACAGCUUUGCUGUACCAUUUGAGGAAGACGAUAAGGAUCCAUCCGUAUGGUUUCUGGAUCACAACUAUGUCGAAUCGAUGAACGAUAUGUUUAAGAAGAUCAAUGCGCGGGAAAAGUUAAUAGGAUGGUAUCAUUCUGGCCCCAAGCUACGAGCUUCGGAUUUGGAAAUCAACGAGCUGUUCAAGAGAUACACACCGAACCCACUACUGGUCAUCAUCGAUGUUCAACCGAAGGAGGCGGGGGUACCAACAGAUGCAUAUUUUGCGGUGGAGGAAAUCAAAGAUGAUGGCACCACCACAUCUAAAACAUUCGUGCACACACCCUCGAUCAUCGAAGCUGAGGAGGCAGAGGAGAUUGGUGUCGAGCAUUUACUGAGGGAUAUCCGGGAUGUAGCAGUUGGGACGCUGUCAACAAGAAUCACAUCACAACUCCAGUCGCUUCAAGGUCUACAUCUACGAUUACGAGACAUUGGCCAAUAUCUACAAAAGGUGCUGGACGGGACCCUGCCCGUUAACCAUGCAAUCUUAGGCAACCUCCAAGACGUGUUCAAUCUCCUACCAAAUCUCUCCACACCCAAAACCUCAUCACAUAUCCCCAACGGCGCCGACGCCCCCCUCACGAACGAUAGCGAAUUAUCCCACGCUAUGAGCAUCAAGACCAACGACCAACUGAUGGCCAUCUACCUCAGCAGCUUGAUUCGAGCCAUCACCGCUUUCCACGACCUAAUCGAGAACAAGAUCCAAAACCGACAGCAGCAGGAAGAGAAAGAGGCCAAGAAAGACGAGGCCAAGGACGAGAAGAACAAGAAGUCGACUGGUCCAAAUGGCGCUAAUGGCGAAGCAAAGGAGGGCAAGGAGGCAGAAAAAGAGAAAGAAGACAAGGAUAAAAAGAAGUGA